AUGACUUCAAUCAAGCAGAACCAUGGCGAGGGCCUCGUCCUUAGUGAACAAGAGGUGGAGCAGUACCUUCACAAGGGCAUUACCUACUUUGGUAACCGCGUCUGCCCCUUUGCCCACCGUGCCUGGUGGACGGCCAAUGAGACGGGCUUUGCGGACCGCAUGACCUACGUCCACAUUGAGCUGAUGGAUAACAAGCCUGCCUGGUAUCAGGCCAAGGUCAACCCAUCCGGCACCGUCCCUAUGCUUGUAGUGGAUGGUGUGCCCAUCUUUGAAUCCUUGAUUGUUGCCAACUACAUGAACAAUGCUGCCGGUGGCUCCCUCUGGCCUACCGACCCUCUCAAGAAGAGCCACGUCGAGGCCAUCAUUGCCAAGUUUGAUAGCAAGUGCACCGGUGCCCUUUAUCAGGUCGUGCGCAACCGUGAUCCCAGCAAGGAUGCGGAGCUCAAAGCCUCCCUCAAGAGUGCCUACGAGGACCUGGAGGCUCUUUACACCCAGUUCAAGGCCGACCCGGCCAAGCCCUAUCUCAUGGGUGAUGACUUGUCCAUGGCCGAGAUUGCCAUGAUGCCCUUCCUUGACCGCAUGGUGCCGACCUUGGAGCAUUACCGUAGCUUUAACCUAUUCCGCGAGGCCCAAAUUCCCAACCUGCAGCGCGCCUACGAAGUGGCCUCUGCUCGCCCGGCGUUUGUCAAGACGCGCUUCCCCGAUGCCGUCAAGCUCAUGAACGUGUACGCCAACGGCGUUCGUGCUGCGCCUCUGCCCCCCACCCUGAUCCAGCGCGCAGCCCAGCGUGCGCCGAUGCUGAUUGCCGGCGGCCUCGUGGGCGCGGCCGCUGCCUUUGCCCUGUUGCGGGCCCGCUAA